CACACGACGUCUCGUUCUGGUCAAUUGUCUUUAGUCUGCCUCACCUCCGGUGCGAGGCUGCCAUAUCAGGUGCUCCAUAUUAGGCCCAGCGCGCUGCCUCCUGCACAGGCUAUCCGAACACAAUUGGCCUAUGUCUCCGGUAGACAAUAACCUUUGCCUUGAUGCUAAAAGACAGGGCUAUCUCUCCAGCUUCACGUCACCGAGGCCUCGCUCAAGCGUAGGGCCUCCCUUUGACCCUUCCAUCCGAGCGCCCCGACGGACAAUGCACGGUGUCGCCUUCGUCCCUCGUCCAUUCCCUCCACCAGCCCUCGCCGACGUCCCUAUUGAGUAUAUUAUUGCACAACUUCGCCAGCUCGCUCCUCAUUACUGGAGAAAGCCCGAAACUUCUGACUGCACCAUCGUCGUUCCCUUGGAUACCAAAACUCAAGCAGCCUCCUCUCCAACUCCCGGAGAUGCUGCCGAGGAUACUUGUUCGCCACCCAAUGACGUGCCUAGCCUCUUAGGCUUCUCGCGACAACAAGAGGAGGAGCCCGCUCCUCGUCCCGGCCCUCGAAUGGUCAUGCAGUUACACAUGGACUACCUAUGCGCACACUCGUCGCUGAUCCGGGGGUUCAUGAGUGGUGCAUCGCCGUUCGAGCUGAUGGAGACCACCGCCAGUUCCGCGCUGCCACUCCAGCCCCGGGCCCCGACUCCCGGCCUCACAGACUCGCGCCGCUCCUCUCUGAGCCUGCCCGCCCCGCAGUUCCCAUGGAUGCUCCCGUCUCCGCCCACGCACCCCUCCGUCUACCUGCCCGUGCCUGACCCGGCGUCGUUCCGCCUGCUGGUGCACUACAUCUACUUCGGCUCCACGUCCUUCAUCGAGGACGCGCUGGACGAUGGCACCCUCAGCUGGGAGGGCCUCGCGCGCAAUGUCGAGUACCUCGGCAUGGGCGCCGAGAUUAAGGUCUUCCUCGGUCGGUGGUACGGGCGCUGGCGGCGCAGACACGGGCCCGACGGGUACGGUUCGGACUCUGACUCGGACGUCGACUUGAUCCGCGAGCGCGAGUACGACAGCGACACGGACCAGGAGCUUGAGCUGCCGCCCAAGGACAUGUCCGCUGCCACGUCUCCGACCGUCUUCGAUCCGGACGACGAAUACCGCAAGGUGGAUGACGACGAGAUCAUGAAGUCGUCUGAGCCCUCGCGCGGCCGCAAACGCACCCCGCGCCGCUUGGUGCACUCGUGGUCUGAGCCCGGACUAGACUCCUCGGUCAAGGAGCAGCUGCGCACUGUUCGCUGCCGCAGCAAGUGAUCGCUCCGCCUCUGCUCUUCCCCAUUUGCGCUGUCGCCUGGAUCCGGCGCUUCCCUGCUACGAUUCGAUCAUCCCUUCGUCAUUCGCCUUCGAACCGUGCGCGUUCAUGUAACCUUAUCUUAAUUGCUGUCCACAGGCACGCCGACCUCCUUCGACCUUCUCCCUACCGUUGUCAUUGCUUUCGCGGCGACCCCGCUGACAGACGACCACUUGACGAACCUAGACCCUCCUUUGCACCGACGCUCCCAUUCACUCUCCUUUCCGGGUGUCCCGCCACCC